CGCACACUUUCCAGCGCCCUGCUGUGGCGGGUCACACAGCCCAGUAGGGCAUGAAUCAGCCUCCCUUCCAGGCUCCGCACAGGCACGCUCCGCCCCGUCCGGGGUCGGAGGCGGCUCACCCUACUACAUAAAGCAAGCACCCAGCACGUCGGCACCCAGGCCGCCUAGAGGCUGGACUCUGUGCACCCUUUUCCAACGGGACUUUCAAGGAACGCCUCGCCCCGAGGGCCAAUUGAACCGGACACAAUGGACCCUACUGGACCUCUCCGGCUGUUACUUCUGCCGUUGCUCCUGAUGGGGACCGUGCUGGGAGAUGGUGUUCAGGAGACACCAGGAAACAAUGCGGAGAUCUGCCUCCUGCCCCCGGACGAAGGGCCCUGCCGGGCCCGGAUCCCCAGUUACUACUACGACAGGUACACACAGAGCUGCCGCAAGUUCAUGUACGGGGGCUGCGAGGGCAACGACAACAAUUUCGAAACUUGGGAGGCCUGCGAUGAAGCUUGCUGGAGGAUAGAGAAAGUUCCCAAAAUUUGCAGGUUGGAAGUCAGUGAGGGGCAGUGUGGAGAGCCCAGAGAAGAGUAUUUCUUCAAUCUCAGUUCCAUGACAUGUGAAAAAUUCCUAUCUGGCGGGUGUCACAGCAAUGAGAACAGGUUCCCAGAUGAGGCUACCUGUAUGGGCUUCUGUGCACCAAAAAAAAGUCCAUCAUAUUGCUAUAGUCCAAAAGAUGAAGGACUAUGCUCCGCUAACGUGACUCGCUAUUAUUUUAAUCCGAGACACAAAGCUUGUGAGGCCUUCACCUACACUGGCUGUGGAGGGAAUGAGAAUAACUUUAUUAACAUGAAGGAUUGCAAACAUGUUUGUGUAAAAGCUUUGAAGAAGGAAAAGAAUAAGAAGAUGCCAAAACUUUUCUUUGCUAACAGACGGGUGAAGAUUUGGAAGAGGCAAUUUUAACUUUUUUUUUUUCUAUAUUUCAUUUUGUGAAUGCUACUGCCUUUACGGUUAUAUCUGAAUAAUAAUAUAACAUGGGUGAAUGAAUCAUUAAUGAUUUACUUGCCAGUUUUUAUUGCUACAGGUUACUUUUUUGGAUAUUUUUAUACAUAACCAGCUGCUAUUCAAAUGUGAAUCUAUUAUUUUUAAUUUACUGUUCACCUAUGUGAGGUUGAAUUCUUACUGUGCGUAAGAUAUAAAAGCAAAUAUGACUCACCCAGUUCUUGGGGUUGUUCUUCCUGAAAUCAGAAGGUGAUAGCAAUUGAAAAGCAUAAGACAGUAUAAUCAUGUUGUCUUAAUACAUAUGAUCAUAAAAAGGACCAGCAAAUACAUUUCAUUUUGCAUUUAAAAGUUGAAUUAUAUUUUAAGUCCAAGGAAACAAACCUGCGGAUUUAUCAACACUUGAGAAAAAUAUUACAAGUGCUGUUAGGUAGACAUGAUUAACUUCUAUUUCUAUUGUGUCAUUUAAAAGACAAUAAAAUAACUUUUUUGACUGAAUAAAAAGUUUGCAAAUUUA